CGGCUUCCGGGCAGGGCUGUGGGCGGCAUUCUGCGGAAUGGGGUCUUGGCAGCGUUGGCUGCGUUUUGGCGGGGUGUCGCUCCGGAGUGGUGGCGGGGCCUGUGUCCCGCUUGGGGGAAGCCACUGGGUGUGUCGGCGCCAGUUAUCUGGCGCUGAAAAUGAGACCCUAAAACAAAGAAGAACACAAAUCAUGUCCCGAGGACUUCCAAAGCAGAAACCAAUAGAAGGUGUUAAACAAGUUAUAGUUGUGGCUUCUGGAAAGGGUGGAGUUGGAAAGUCUACAACAGCAGUUAACCUUGCACUUGGACUAGCAGCGAAUGAUUCGUCAAAGGAGAUUGGUUUGUUAGAUGUAGAUGUAUAUGGCCCAUCGAUUCCAAAGAUGAUGAAUCUGAAAGGAAAUCCAGAAUUAUCACAGAACAACCUAAUGAAGCCUCUUUUGAAUUAUGGUAUUGCUUGUAUGUCUAUGGGCUUCCUGGUUGAAGAGACUGCACCAGUUGUUUGGAGAGGCCUUAUGGUAAUGUCAGCCAUUGAAAAACUGUUGAGGCAGGUAGACUGGGGUCACCUGGACUAUUUAGUUGUUGACAUGCCACCAGGAACUGGAGAUGUGCAGUUAUCAGUCUCACAGAAUAUUCCCAUUUCAGGUGCUGUGAUUGUCUCCACACCCCAGGACAUUGCAUUGAUGGAUGCACACAAGGGUGCUGAGAUGUUUCGAAAAGUUCACGUGCCUGUUCUGGGCCUUGUUCAAAAUAUGAGUGUUUUCCAGUGUCCAAAAUGUAAACACAAGACUCAUAUUUUUGGUGCUGAUGGUGCAAGGAAACUAGCACAGAUCCUUGAUCUUGAUAUUCUAGGAGAUAUUCCUUUACAUCUUAAUAUAAGGGAAGCUUCAGAUACAGGCCAGCCGAUUGUAUUCUCACAGCCUGAAAGUGAUGAGGCCAAAGCUUACCUGAGGAUUGCUGCAGAAGUGGUCAGAAGAUUGCCACCGCCCUAGCUGGCUUGGCUCAGUGGAUAGAGCGUCAGCCUGCGAACUGAAGGGUCCCAGGUUCGAUUCCGGCCAAGGCACAUGCCUGGGUUGUGGGCUCGAUCCCCAGUAGGGGGUGUGCAGGAGGCAGCCAAUCAAUGAUUCUCUCUCAUCAUUGAUGUUUCUAUCUCUCGCUCCUUCUCCCUUCCUCUCUGAAAUCAAUAAAGAAAUAUAUAUUUAAAAGAAGAAGAAGAAGAAGAAGAUUGCCACCACCUCUGCAGUGACUCCCAGUUGUCCUGAAACUUACCUGCUGCAUGACAAGGAGACCUUUGGGAACAGCAGUGUGAUGGUAAUGCCUACAGAAACAAUAGCAAUCACAGAAGCAAUAGCAACCUUGUAUUUCUAAGGAGAUAAUGUCUUAUCUUCGGGUUUGAUUUGCCAAAUAAUGACUCACAAAUAAAGUUUUUGCAUAUCAGUGCUAAAUAUUACA